AUGACCAAAUUUUCGUUGUGGCUCGCCGCUGGCUCCAACAAUGUUCUGCCCGCUGGUGAUCCGUAUGCUCACCACCUCUUCAUGCGUUGUCUAUUCCAUGCCAAGCACGACAAAUCGAUUAAAUUCGAGGUGAAGACAACAAAUGUGAAUAAGAAAAGUCAAGAAUUCAAAGAAACUGGUCUCCGUCGGAUGCCUGGAAUAUGUGCUAACGAUGAGGAGAGUGGAGAGACGCAGACAUUCGAGACGGAAGACGAAAUUUUGGAUUUUCUGGAAUUUUUGGAACCCAAAAGAGGCGAUGAUGAGGAGGCGGAGAAUGCGACGUGCGAUCUAUUCAGACAAUUUGCACGUUAUGUGAAGGAUGUUGAGCAUAAGGAUACGUGUCUCAACACAGAACUGCUCCGUUUGGAUAAAUAUCUCUCGGAGCACGGCACCCGCUUCUUGCUCUCCGACGACAUUGCUCAUCUGGAUUGUCUCGUCUUGACCAGACUCCAUUCGAUUCGCAUUGCUGCCAAGGCUCUCAAAAACUACGAAUUCCCGCCGGAUUUGACGCAUCUUUGGGACUAUUUGAAGUCUGGUUACGAUUUGGAAAUGUUCCGAUUAUCGUGUCCAUCGGAUCAAGAGAUCAUUCUUCACUGGACCGAACUGAAGGAUACACCCAAUUUGAGUGCUAAGGAACGUGCCAAAUUGGUCCGCGACGAGCCUAUCUACAGUUUCUCAGUGGUCUAA